GUAAACCAAAACCAAUCCCAUGAUUCUUCCAUCUCAAGUCUCUCUGCAGCAGUACUUGGAGAAUCUCUUGAACAAUAGACCACCAAUUGAGUAUAAAGCUACUCAAUGUACAUCAUUACCUUUUGACUAUGACAGUGUUAUCACAUUGAAGUGUUUGGCUGGUGAUGACGGUAUUAGGGACAUUUUGUGCAUAGUGCGUGCUGAUGUUGAGGAGGAAGGUAGACAUGAAGAAAAGGUAGGUGAGGGUAUUGAUAAUGAGGUUAGUGGGGGAGCAGAUGAAGGUGACUUGGGUAACAUAACCCAAGAGUAUCCUAUUGGUAGUAAUAGUAAUACUGGGAAUACAGUUGAGAAAGGUGAAUGUAGUGAGGGUAAUAUAGGUAAUUGUGGAGAAUUGGAGUUUGGGUCAAUUGAUGGUUAUGUUGAUGAUUGGAGCUCAACAGAUGAUGAAGUAUACCCUUUUUGCAAUAGUGAUAGAGAUGAUGAAGUGUUAAUUGAUGUGAAGAAACGUGCAAGGUCUAUUAGGAGACCAACAGAAGGAUUAGAAGUUCCCAGUGGGCUUCAAACACCACAAGGGGUCAAGUACAAGCAUGUUGCAAAGAAGCCAACCCCUAGAUCUACUCCUAUAAAACAGCCAGCCACUAGAUUUACCUCUAUAAAGAAGCCAGCCACUAGAUCUGCUCUAGUCUCUAGGGGUAUUCCUGUUGAGAAUGAUAUGUCUAAAAGUGACAAUGAUGGCAAAGACAAUCAAUAUGAACAUAGUGAUGAUGCUGGGAAGUUGAGGGAUUCAUUUACUGAGUCUGAAGAAGAAAAUUUGUUUUUUGUUUCAACGGAUGCAGCGAGACAAAGGAGAACUUCUAAUGUGUACUUUAAUCCUUCUUGGGAUGUACCAUUCUUUGAAGUUGAAAACAAGAUGAUGACAACUGUGAUGGUUGCUGAGUACUUUAAAUCAAGAAUUUAUGCUACACCUUUCUUGAAAUGCAAAGAUAUGAUGAUAUUUGCCUACAACAAGUUGAGGGUUAAUAUAAAUUAUAAGAAAUGUGUUAGAGCCAAGAAAAUGGUAUUGAAGGAGAUGGAGGGGAGUUUUAAGGAUGAGUAUGCCAUUAUUCAUGCAUUGGGUGGGCAUUUGAAGGAGGUCAAUCUUGGAAACUCAAUUUUCAUUAAAAUUGAAGAAAAUGAUGCUAGUGAGAGAAUGUUCAUGAAAACGUAUGUCUGUUUGAAAGUUAUCAAAGAUGGAUGGAAGAAUGGUUGUAGAGGAAUCUUUGGAGUGGAUGUCGAACCUAAGAACAAUGAUUCAUGGACAUGGUUUAUGCAGAGGAUUGCAUCUAAUUUGGAGCUUGGAAGUGGGCAUGGUUGUAUAAUGAUAUCUGACAAGUGUCCAGGAAUUAUUUGUGCAAAGGCAGAGGUUUUGCCACUUCUAAAUCAUAGAUAUUGUGUGAGACACUUAUAUUGCAAUCUUACAAAGAGGCAUAGAGGGGAUGAUGCCUUUUGGAUAGCUGCAAGGGCAUUAUACCAAAUUGAAUUUCUGGAGAAAAUGGAAGAGUUGAGAGGAGUGUCUAAGGAAGCUUAUGCUAAGAUGAUGGAUUUGCUAGGAAGGUUUUGGUACAAGGCAUUCUUUGAUGAAGACUGUAAGUGUGAUGUUGUUGAUAACAACAUGUGUGAAACAUUCAAUUCAUGGAUUUUGGCUGUUAGGUACAUGAAUUGGAAUUAUGAAGAUUUUGUUCAUGAGAACUAUAAGAAGGAAAAGUACCUGCAAGCUUAUGGGAUUGCAUUAAAGUACCUUAAAGGCAAUGAGGUCUUGAAGAGAAGACCAAAAAGAGGUUGUUUACCACCAGUGUUGAGAACACUACCAGGGCGACCAAGGAGGAAUAGAAGAAAAGAUAAGCAUGAGCCUAAGAAAGUUAAGGUUGGAGGAGUAAUCAUCAAUGAAGGCAAAAAUGACUCAAGAAAGAAGUCAAAGCAAUCGUCUGUAAAGGGAAAAGAGAAAGCAUGACUCAAUGUCAUUUUGUAUUUUCUUGUUUUGGGGAUGUACUUUGAACUUUUGUAUUAUGUUGGUGGUUUGUAAUCACAUUUGAUAAUUGGUUAUUAUGCCUUGUUUUGGGGAUGUACAUGUGGUUAUAAUGCCUUGCUUUAUUAUGUCUUGUCUUGCUUUAUUUCAAUGGCAUUAUAUUCAAUCAAAUUUGCUUAUAUAG